UCCAGGUUAUGUCCUUUGAGCAGCCAAACAACUGUGUAGCAGCUGAGACCCUUUGUCUAGCUGAGCCUUCCUGCAGUGCCACCUAUCAGAUCCUGCAGAACUGUUCCCAGCAUCUUUCUAAGAACAGUUACGUCUUCCUGUACCAAGAAGCCAACAACAGAUGCACAGAGGCACAAAUAAAAAUGAGAAAUGGCCAUUUUCAGCACUGCAAAUGUCACCGACGUGCACAGAAGAAGGAAGAGCGGUGCAAGCAAAUCUACCGGGCUCUUCAUUCAACUUUAACACAAGGUUCCCCUAGACCCAAAGAUAGCCCAAAUUCCUGCCUGCUUGCUGCUAAUAUUUGCCAAAUGGAUCACAAAUGCACGCGUCACCGCUCACACUACGUUCAGGCCUGCAACCCAGGAUACCCCUGUGACCAACACAAAUGCCGCCAAAGUCUGAGACACUUCUUUGAGAAGGUUAAUGCGGAUUUCACCAAGAGGCUCCUGUUUUGUCCUUGCCAAGAUGAAGCUUGUGGGGAACGACGCUGGAAAACCAUUGUCCCAGAAUGUUCUUUCCUCAGCAGCAGCAAGCCCAAUUGCCUCUUCUUGAUGGAUACCUGCCUCAAGGAUAAAGUCUGCAGAUCCCGGCUGACUGAUUUCCAAGAAAAAUGCAAAUCGUUACAGACAUUCACAGAUGGCUGCUCUCCAUCGAAUUAUGCAGCAUGUCUGCAAGCUUACAUGAAGAUGAUUGGUACAUCUUUGACCCCCAAUUAUGUGAGCAAUUCCAGUACUGAGAUCACACUUUGGUGCUCCUGCAAAAACAGUGGCAAUCAUAAAGAGGACUGUGAUCAAAUCCUUAACUUAUUUUCCAGCAACAAAUGUCUCUAUAAUGCAAUCCAAGCUCAGAUGAAUCUUGGCCAAAAUAAUGAGGAGGUGCAGGACCAGCCACAAUUCACCCCUUCCUUAGACAUUCAUGGCACCAGCACAAUGUUCACUGAAAAACUGUAUCAGGAACCUAAGGUGAAGCAGGAGAAGAAAGAUUCAGACAUUCUUACCCUCAACCAAAAAUCACCCCCAAAUUCUGAAUACCCCAGAGCUGGGUUUUCCUCACUCAUCUUGGUCUUAACCUUAGUCUUCUUAUUUCUUGGCCCACCUUAAUCUCACCUGAAUUUCAUUGCUACUAUUGUAUAUUUCCUUGAGAAGGGGAAACUGACUUGUUUCAUGCAGAGAGGAAACAUUGGUCACUCUACAUUUGUUUCCCCUUCUAUCAGCACAGUGGCCCUUUGACUCAUUUUUGUACACGGUUGCAAUAGGAGCCAGGGGGAGAUGAUGGGGGGUUCAGAUUCCCCCUCUCCCGUGGAGAAAAAAGCAAGCAGAUAGGAGAUUCUAGGGAACUAUUUUUUAAAAUCUAAAUCAGGGUAAAGUUUUCAUAUUCCAAGAUAUCCUGCUUUAAGAAGACAAAGAAGAACUGGUAGUCUCUAACAUGAUGUGCAAUUUCUGGCCAAAGGAGCACCCCAACAUCUGGAUUGUUUUCAGGACUAUAUUGUAGAAUUGUCUUUUUUUUUUAAUCAGCCAAAGCAAAAAUGUUACAUUAAGGUCAUGAUACUAAACUGUAGCCUCCGUACAUGGUUUCUUGUUUGCCCAACUAAUCUUAAUGUGUUAACUGUUCAGGGGAAAUUUAAUUCACUUGAGCCAAGAUGGAUGUAUGUAUUUUUUUCAAUAAAAUGGUUCUUUGCAACAGCUACAAAGUGCAGAUUUUCAUAAGAGCCUGCAUGCAAGCUAAGAUUUUAUGCACAACAGAUCCCUGGAUGCAUCAAAUGUUGUUUGCCAUGUUAACAUUCCCUGACAUACCUUUCUGUACAUUGUGUAAAAUUACAAGUUAUCCAUGAUCUGACAAUUGUGGGUGUAGAAACUGUGAUAUUAGAUGUUGUUUUUUUGAACCGCAAUGGUAUGUUGUUAAUGCUGUUUAUAGAUUACUUAUUUACAUUUCUUAUAUGGAUACUGCCAUGUGAACCUUCAAGUUUUGAAAGAACUAUCAAGUAAAUCCAGUAAUUCUUCAUUGCAUCUCUUUCCUUCUUAUUCUAAACAACUGGAAUGUUGUGGCUGUGAACUUGCCUGUCCUAUGUGCAAGGAUUAAGGCUGUGCUGCAUUCCAUAGUGGUGUUUAUUCUAAAACAAAGUUGUAACAUAACAUAUAAUGUAAUAAAUUCUCUACAUUUUAGCAUGUUCACUUUUUUAAAUUUAGGCAUAGGUUUUGUCUUCUGAACAGUGAAGAAUCUUGGUAGAAAGAUUCUUCACCAAUACGAAGUUUCAUCUUCAUUUACUGUAUGCUUAGUAUCAAAAAAUGAAGGCCUGAUUUGCACAGAUUCCUUCACCUUUCUGCAGUAAUAAUGGCACCUAUUACUGAAAUUAUAAAAGGAUUUGUCCCCACUUUUUCAAUUUGCAGUUAUAUUUGUACAAAGAAAUUUGGAAGCAUGGCUUAUUUUUUAAAAAGCAAGAAAUGAUAAGUGUUACUAGAAGGAAUAUUAAAUCUUAUUAACAGUUUUUUCAAACAACUGUGACUGUAAAAUAAAAUGUUAGAACAUAUUAUAGAUUGGAAUUAAGCAUUUGGAGUUUUGUACAAAUUCUGAAGAUGAGUUAUAGAAUCCAUUUAGAUAAGUUAAUAAUUUUGCAACACUACAAUUUCCAUUAAGAAGACAUGACAAAAGUGCAAAGUAUUGGAAAGCCCUAAAAUUAAACUUUGUAAUAAGUGCAUAGGUAAAGAUAGUUUUUUUAAAAAAAUCAUAGUGCUGUUUUCCAUGAUUGACUUUCUGCAGUUAUUACAUUUAUAAUAGAUUUACAAGAACUAGAGGUACAACAAUUGCAAAACUGAACGUCCAUACUAUAAUGAAUUGAGAAGCAAACUACAGGUUUUAAAGGGUGUGGUCCUCGUAUGGCAUGCAUGUACAUCAACAAAACUUUGAUGAACUUCCUUUUCUUCACUUGGGCUGCGCUUCUGUUUCCUGAGGUCCAUGCACACCUUGGGAAAUAAGAAGACUCAUUUAGCCUUCAUGAGCUAUUUAGGCUUCUCUCUCCUUCCCCUAGAUUGGAGGAGAAUGUCCCAAUCAUUCCACAGGCCUCUGUACUGCCUAUGUAUAUGAUAAGAGGGAGAACAAGAUAUUGAAAAGUGUGGUAUUAACUACUGCCAAGGUCAAUGUUUAUCAACUGUGGCAACUUUUAAGUUAUAUGAAUUUCAACUUCCAGAAAUUCUAGUGACUGGAGAAUUCUGGGCGUUGAAGUCCAUAGUUGCAAUGGUUGAGGAACAUUGGCCUAGGACAUGCCAGUCAGCAUUUUCAGCUAAAGUAUUGUUCCUCCUCCAUUUUCUUACAUUGUUCUAAUACUUAUUCUAUACUUCUUAUAUGGUUAUAUUGAUUUUAUUUCAUAUAAUAUUGAGUACAUCAGCAACUCCCAUGCCUCUCCUGAGAGGAGAAACUGCAGAACACUAGACAUUCCUAAAAUGUUAUCAAGUGUCUAUAGUAUAUUGUCUGGGUCUCUUGGCAAACAUAAAAGAAGUAAGAGUAUUCUGAAUUACUGUAAUAAAAAUUCCAAUAUCUUGCACAUGUUAUUCAGCUUAUAAUGUCAAAAAUAAAGUUUACUUUAC